AUGUCAACAGAUAGCUUUGACGAGGCGUCUGUUCUCGAAGUAGAUGUCGGCAAUACAACCGAAGUGUCCAGCAUGACCGAAGAACGGAUAAAUCGUAAAUAUUGUGGUUCCUCCAUAUGCCGAUUUAUAUUUCCAUUUGUCAUAAAAGAACAAGAAUCAAAAGCACGGGAACACUUGAGAAAUAUAAUUAGUUUUGCUCAACGAAGCAAUCGAGUAGUAAUCUUACCCAACGUUGGUAAUGCAAGACUGGGUGGAUGUAUGUCUUUUUCGUUUGAUUAUUACUACUCUAUCGAAUCGCUUCGACGAAGUUCUCCAAAGACCGUGUUCAUCACGCAGGAUCAAUUUCAAUCAUGGAACCAAGAGAUCAACGAGAUGAGAGCUAGAAGACCCACCGCAAAAGUUGUCUUACUGAGUAGUCAGAAGUCUAAACAAAACCAAGUUGCAUCGGAACAGCUUGAUAUCGAGAGACUCAAGAAACGGUUUUGCUUGCAACCGUUUGACUAUUUGAAAUAUCACGACGAAGAUGAACGAACCGCUACUGCACUAAGUUUACUGACGAGUCGCGAGUCCGUUUGGUCCAAAUCAGCCACUCGGCGGGCUCAAGUCGAACAGUUUAUUGUCGAUAAUCUUCAAUCCGUUGAAUCGGACGUUCUACUGCUAUACUAUGACCUCAGAUAUUCUUGUCUUCGUAAUCUGCCUGCGCCGGCUGAAUAUGCUGAUCAUCUAGUCGAUCAAGCAAAGGCCGCAACAGCUUCACUGCAUCCAUAUGUGGCCAUUCAUUGGCGGAUGGAAGGAGCUGACUCAACUAAAUUGCCCGAAUGUAGCUAUGAUCUCGUAAAUUAUAUCCAACAGCUUAAGAAAAACUAUGGAAUAAGUAAUGUAUAUAUGGCUACUGAUUUCCCAAUUGAUGGUGAUGCUAUGCAUUCAGCGACAUUUAGGAAGUUUAACGAAAAUCAUCACAGAGCGGCAGAAAUACUCAAAACCAAUAUGGACUUCCAUACUUGGAAGCAUUUGGAAGCUUCUCUUCCUCCUUUGAAUGAGACAAAGUUUUUAGCAAGGGGCAAACGCAUUCCUGUUAAGAAUAAUGGAUCGGGGGUGUUGGGAAUUUUAGAUAAGAUAAUUCUGACAAAUGCUGAUUGGUUUGUAAGUGGUCCAGCUGAAUGUAGUAAGAAAACCAGUUCUUACACUACGCAAGUUGCAACAGAAAGACUUGCAAUUGCAAGAAAGAAAUCUGCUAAUGGGCCUGACGUCUACAUUUUCGAUAUAACGGCGAAUUCAUCCUCUUACAUAGUAUCCGGGUCACAGAACGAAAUAAAACUGUAUGAUCGUCAAACUUUAAAUAAUACUCGAGUACUUCCCUUUCAUAAAGACUCCAUUACAAAAAUAAAGAGUCAAGGAGAUUUCUACUUGAUAUCAAGUUCAAAGGAUGGUCAUAUUGCAUUUUGGGACUUGAGGACCACCGACACACCUUCGAUAAUUUAUCACGCAACGCACGCUGAGCCAUUGCUGUCUUUCGACAUUAAUUUCUCAGAGACGCUUCUCGCGGCAGGAACCGAGCUUGUUGCGGAGGAUGCCAAAAUUAUCUUUUGGGAUAUACGUGCGUCAUCCAUAAUAACCGAAUUCACAGAGUCACAUAGUGACGAUGUCACGAAUCUUCAAUUUCACCCAAUAUCUGCCACUCGUUUGUUGACGGGAGCAGAGGAUGGAAUUGUGUGUAAUUACGACAUAAGUAAUUUUGACGAAGACGAGGCAUUGGUCUCAGUAAUAAAUUCGGAAUCCACAGUACAUAAAGCCGGAUACUUUGGUCCGCAAGGCGAAUAUGUCUAUUGCUUGACGCAUACUGAAACAUUUGGUCUGUGGUCGAUAGAGAGCGACGCCUUGUGUAAUUUUGGAGAUGUUAGAUCGUUCUCAUCACCUGGAGUCUGUUCGAUCGAUUACGCAAUUGACUGCUAUUACAAUAAUAAUACGCAGAGACUAUAUUUAUUAGGAGGAUCCAACGGGGGAGAUAUUUCCAUAAUACAUGUAGCUGUGAAUGAAUUGCAAUUCUGUCAGGUGUUGAAAGGCGGACAUACUGAAGUUGUUAGAAGCAUCUGCUGGGAUCCUGAGAUAAAUACGCUAUUGUCCGGAGGUGAAGAUUCCGUGUUAUCUUUAUGGGCGACAAUAUAA